CGGCGACGAUUUUUCCCGGGGACACGUGUUUUUGCAUCGUGCACGAACCGUUUGGCUCUUGGGUCCUAAGAAAAGUGAAAUUUGUGCACAGUUCAACGUUGUUUCGUGUAUGUAUCGUUAUUAGUUUGUGUUAUUUGAAAAUUUAAAACAAUGCCGCGUUCCGUUGUUAACAAUUCUGAUGAAGAUUACGAACGCAAACCAGCCUCUAAGGCUCCCAGAACACGAGCUGCAGCGGCAGCAUCUGUGUCGGAUUCUCCAUUGCGCCGAAGUACUCGGAUCCGCCAUGGUUCCGUUAAUCCCGAUGGCUCAUCACCAGAGAGUGUUGAAGAAACAACAACAACAUUAGUAAGGAGAACUACACGUAGACGCGCGAUUGCUGCUCCAGAACCAACGAGAAACUUGAGAUCACGCAGAAACUCAGUCUCCUCAAGCAUAAGUGAAAAUCCAGAACCAGAAUCGGCACCUGGAACGCCAAGAGCUGGCACACGCUCCACUAAGCACAAUCUUCAACAAGAUACCACGCCUGACACACCAAAACCCAUAGUUAGAACUAGGCGAUCUAUCAGAGCUGUGUCAGAGUCAAAGUCACCACCAUCGGUCGGACGUGUUACACGCAGAACCAGAGCAAGCUCAAUUGAGCCGAAUAUUGAACAUGCAACAAAAAGCGCAGCAGCAUUAAUACAACACGCUACAUCUCUGCCGAGCACACCUUCAAAGCGACGGCGAACACAAGUCUCAGUUGUUCCGUCUGAACCAGUUCUUAAUGAAGAAAUCAAUGAGGAUAAAGCUGAUUCUAAGACAGAAAAUGAAUGGGCGAUAAACGAGGAGACAGAAGUUGCGAGCAGCCCUGAGAAAAAGAGUACGAAAUCAGCAACCGCUGAUGGUGGUAUCAGGAAAUCGUCAGAGUCAUCUCUCUCAGUAACAUCGUCACCGAGUAACAAAUCUGUGAAUGAGAAAACUAGGGAAUCUGAGUACCAGCUUGAAUCAUCUCGUCAAAUUGAAACUGCUGAAUCUUCGCCGACUAAUUUAAAGGUAGAAAACUCAAUCAAGUUAUCACAGAGCUCAUCUUCGCAGAAAAAGAAACGUCAUUCAUUAGAUACAUCAAAGGAACUGGGACGGAAAAUAGAAAAUUUACUGAACAAAUCAACAGAAGAACAAGAACAGAGUCCUGGCAAUAAGGAGAACCAGAAGUUGAACGUUUCCCCCGAAAAAAUUAAGAAAAAUUUAGGGUUCACCGUAUCAAAUGUAAAUAUUGUUAGAGAAUCAAAAUCGGUUGGCUCUGCAUUGUUUGUGCGUAACUCCGAUGAAAAAAAAUUGAAUGCGUCGUUGGAUGAGCGGGUCUUGUCUAAAUCGUGGCAUGAUACUUCUGUAUUGAAGUCAAUAACAGUUGAAGAUGGCAAAUCUAUAAAUGCCAUUGCGAAUGCUUCAGGUUCAACUUCUGAGGAAAAAACUCAGAAAGAGAUUUCUGACGUUGAAUUCUCCAACACGACUCAGAACGAAUCAAUCUUACAGGAAGACGGUAAUCAACUUCCUAGGAAACAUCAAGUAGUUCGAGAUGAAGACUCUGAAUUUACGAGUGUAAAGACCAGUUGUAGAAGACUUGACGAAACAGGUGGCGAGAAUGAAAUACUAGAAGAAUUUUCCCUCUAUGAUUCCAAUGAUAGCAAUCAAUCCCUAGACCUGAAGAAAGAUGCUUUUAAUUCGGCAGCCAAAAACCAUACUCCUGAAGAAAAGUCUGAAACUAACGAUGCAAUUUUUGAAAAACCGAUUCUGCCGAGUCGUAGGUCUAGAAAAAGUAGCAGUGAUGUUAUUGAGAAGAAACAGCGGGAUAUGCAAACAAGAAGAUUCAGUUUAAGCUUGGAACGAAUUGAUAAUGUUGGUAAGUUUACGACAAAAUCCUUGUCCAAAACAUCGUCAAAUGAAAACAAUGACAGCUUGUCGACUCCUGAAUCACAAGUGAAACAAAGUAAGAGGAGACAGUCUGCAGGUAAGAAAAAUACCAGUGAUCAAGAAACAGACAAAACCAAUACAUCUCCUUCUAAAAAUGAUAGUCCACUUAAUUCUAACAUUGAAACUCACGGCAAUAUAAGUUCCCAAAAAAAUCCUAAUGAAGAUGAAUCUUUCGGUGCAGAACAAUGCAGAGAAAUAGAGAAGCAGUUGGCCCGUGAGAAAGAUUCACCCUCGAAACGGCGCUCAAAACAGCUUGAAUUAGGAGCACGUGAGAAACAGCAGCUCUCAGAACGCAAUUCUCAAAAUAUAGUUUCUGACAGUGAUGCUAGCAUUGGAAUUGCUGAUUUGUUCCAAGACAUAUCUGCUGAUGAGUGGAAUAAGAAGGUGAAAAAAGAUAUUUUAAAAGCAAGUCCGGCCAAAACUGAUUCGACUCCCAAGAAGAAGAAAGUGUCUAACACUUUACCAAUGUUUGAAUCAAAGAAUGAAACUGAUUCUGAAGAGGAUCUAGUUCUUGAAAUGGAUAGCUCAUGGGGCAAGAAUUUAACUAAUAAAGAUAAUUCUAAACACAAUGUAGCUUCAGAUUCAGAUGAAACAGUUAUAGUGGAGAAAAAUAUCUCUCAUCAAAAAGCUGAUAAGAAGAGGAAAUCUACGAGCAAAAAAAUCACAGAAAAGUCAGAGGAUGAAGAUGUGGAAAUGGAGGAAAUGAAAGAAGCAACACACACUGAAAAAUCAGUAGGCCAAUCUCUGAAUUCGAACCCAUCCGUGGACUGUGAAAUCAGUGAUGAAGCUAAGGAAGAAAGCAAUAGAAAAUCAGUAGCAACAUCUCAGGAAGAAGAUGUAGAGAUGCAAGAAAUCUCAAGCGAUGCAGAAACAAUACCUGCAAGUAUAGCUGAAGAAGAAAUUGGAGGUGAAAAGGAAACAUUAACGUCACGAAAGUCUCAGAGAGAUAGGAAGCGGAAAUCAGAAUCAAAAACACCAACAAAAUCCAUCAACGUUUACAAAUUUAAUGAAAAUUCAGAAGAUGAAAAGAGUGAUAAAGCAUUUGAUGAAGACUCUGACGAAGACCUAAAACAAGCUGUUGAAUCUCUGAACAAGACAUCUCCCGCGACACGAACACCUGUUAUGUCGAGGAGCCAUUUGAGCAGAAACUACUCAAUCGUAGCUGUUGUAGAUUCUGAUUCACGCUCCGACAAUCUUGAUGAUUCAGAAGAAGCAAGCUCCGACGAUAAUUUUGCAUUGACUGGUUCUCUGUUCAACACCCAGUCUAGUGACGACGAAGCUAAUUCCAAUCAAGAUAAUGAUCAUUCCAAUAAUACAAUCGACCCAGAUGUGGCUAAGGAAUUGAAUCUUGCCGGAGAUGACGAUAUUGAGUACUCUGACGAGAAUAUCGCUGCCGAUGAAUGCCGUGCUUCGGAAUCAGAACAAUCAGAUGAAGGUGAUGAUGGAUCGGACCUAGAAGGCUUUAUUGUUGCCGAUGAUGCAGUAGAAUCAUCUGAAGCUUCUGAAGAUGAAGUCACAGAAGAAGAAAAAGCGAGUGUUAAAAGCAAAUACAGGAGGAUCUUAAAUAAAUCCUCAUCUGAAGAUGAGGGAGAAAGUGAAGAAGAGGGAGAAAAUGAAGAAGAAGAAGAGCAUGAAGAAGAUGAGGAGAAUGAAGAAGAUGGAGAGAUUAAAAAAAUCGAUAACCAACGUGAAACGGAAAGAACAGAUACAAAAUCAAAGCGAAAAUCGGAUCAUUCAGCUGCCGUGUAUCGUCGUCAAGUCAGGAGUGAAGAGUUGAUCACAAAAUCCCCAGAAAUCAGCGGAGGGCCAGAGAAAUUGAACUUCUCCCUGAACAGGAACGAAACUUCAUCUGGUAAAAAGAUAAGGAAGAAAAAAGUUAUACAGGACUUGGGUGAAGUUGAGCGUACGGCAUCGCCACGUGUGGAAGAUCUUGAGAAAAGCGUUCCAAAGAAGAAACACCCUAAGAUAGAAUCAACGUUGCUACAUACAACGAUAGAUCUGUGUACACCAGAACAAAAUUCUUCAACUGAAGUCGAUGAUCAAAACAUGAGUCAAUCUUCUAGUUUAGAUAAUUCGGUUAGUAAAAAGUCUGCGAAGAAACUUAAGCAGAAAAAUUUGGUAGAAGAGUUAGCAACUUCUCCACCUAAUACAACCGAUCUAAUGGAAGAGGGAAACAAAUUGGGAACACCAGAUACUAAUACAUCUAAGAGUGAGAAAAAAACCCCUAAAGAGAAGACCCCAAAAUUGAAAAACAAAAAUCAGAGAGAUUCAAUACAGAUUAUAAGAGAAUCUGAAGUCCUCAAGGCCAAGGUUUCAGACUUGAACCUAAGUGUACAAACUCCUAACUCUGAAAGUCCAGUUACGAAAUUUUUGAUGAAAGAAAAACUGAACGAGAGUUUGCCACUGUUGGAAUUAAACAAGAAAGUGAAAAAACUUUUCGAUAAAGAAGGAUUGAGCAAAAUGAAAGAAGAGGAGCUGGUGGAUAAUGAUGCGUCAGAAAUAGAUGAAGAUGAAGGAAAUGAAGAUGAUGCUGAGGAGUCUAACAUUGAAGAUAACGAUAUGAACGAUGAGGUCCAGGAAGCAGGCAAUGAAUUAAAUGGUAAUCAUGAAGACGAUAAAGGAGAAGAUGAAACAGAUGAAGAAUUCGACAAAUUUGAGUUGAAUGGAAACAAAGAUGGGGAAAGUGAUAAUGAAGAUGAGGAUGAAGAGGAGGAAGAUUCUGCGAAUGACGAAGUCUUCGAAAGUGAGAAAAAUAGGUCAGUUACAGAAGUAACAGAACGACCAGAGACUAGAAUGUUGGAAAAAAGGCAAAAAUCCACAAGUAAGAAAUUAGAACUAGAACCAGAACCAGAAGAAAGUGUAAUUAGUCAAGAUGAAAAAAGCAUCACUUCAAAUGAAAAAGCACAAAAGAAAGCGUCAACAACAAGCACAAUGAACGGAGGAGGUGAAAAUUCCAGUGAAGAUUCCAAUGAGGAUGAAGACAGUUCAAAGAAAAGCCGUAAAUCUUUGAAUGAAUCCACAGCUAGAAAGAAACGUGCCAGAUUAGAAUCCAGCGAAACACCUCGAACCCCACAAGUAACGAAGAAAAUGAAAUUGUUAUCAAAAACAGGUGAAUCACAGCAAGAAGAUUCUGAUUCAGAUGAGGCACCUGACAGCAUCGGAUUUAGGGAAGCUCGUACUGAGGCACUUCAAGCAAUGAAAGACGUUGCGACUAGUUUAAAGGCAGCGAAAGAGGCGAAGAAAAAGAAGAAACAAGAUCAACUCGAAAGAGUAAGACAGGAACGAGAAGUCAAGGUUGGCAAAAAAUCAGCUUCCAAAGAACCGGUAACAAACAGACUCAAAAGGCUACCUGACGAUCUACUCGACGACUUAUCUGACCUACCACAGAGACCUCAGAAGAAACAGAAGCUCUCGAAGAAGUCCGAAGUGAUAUUGCCCUCCAAGCAAAUGUUUGCUCCGGGUGAACCACUCAAAUCGUCAAUACAUAUAGAUAGUCAUGCUUCUCCACUUAGCACUGCCGGUGGAACGACGCAGUUCAGCGUAGUUAAUUUACAGAAGGUUAAAAAACGUCCACCAAAACUAGCAGCCGUUGCUUCAUUCCGUGAGCAGAUGUUGGCUCGAAAUCCCAGACAACCAGUUUCCGCCUUUUUGAUGUACCAAGCAAAACAAAAAGCCUCGGGCAAGCAUCUCUUGUCUCGAAAGUAGUUUUCAAGUGCGUUUGAGAGAUUACGACACUUCUAUUGAAUUUCCGUAAAAUUUUACAAGCUGUACACGAAUGCCCGACUGGCGUUUUUUUUUUUGUAAUAAGACUUUUUGAAUAUUUCGCGAUGCAUGAGUUUUUCAUUGAUUGAAAUUUUAUCUGCAUAUAUGUCUCUACCCAUUAUUAUUCAACUAUAUUAUUAUUAAAAAAUGUGAAAAUUGAAAUAAGGCAACGUUCUCUUUCAUUCAAGUUCCAAUAUUUUUGGUCCUUGGAUAAUUUUUCUUUUCUUCUUACGAUAGUCCUGUUCGUUCUAACAACUAAUUCACUGUGAUACAUAGUAUGUACUGAGCCUGAGCCAUCAUGCGUUUAUCCAUUUUCAUCCUUGGUUCAUUACAAUUUGCACGUAACUUGCUCGUCAAAUCCAGUACCUACUAAGAAAAUAAACCAUGUGGUAAUGUUGUCAAGAUAUUCAUUUGUACUAUAAUAUAGCUACGAACUAGGCCUAUCAUAUGUUGUUAAUUGAACAGUUGAUAUUAAGUAAUAAAAUGUUUUUAAACUAUUUGAAAGAAAAUACUAAUUUCGUUUCAAACACUACCCUUUUUACAAUCAGUGAUACAUACCUGUCUACAAGUCCAUCUAUAAUGUAUUACUACUAAA